AUGGUCUCAUCAUUGAUAUACACACUGUGUGCUGUCUCUGGCCUGUUGGCUACUGUCAAUGGCUUGCCAAAAAAGAGCCCCCGCACUGAGGCAUCUUUGCCUAUCGUGAAACAGACCCAGUGUGGCUCGCAUACCUACCAGUACAACGGCCUAGUUGGCUAUGGCACCGUACCGUCGAAUGCGGUUGACAAGUACGGAGAUACCCUCGGUGGAUUCGGUAGCUCUAUUGCUAUUGAACGGGCGUCGUGGAAGAAGAAUGCCGAUGGCACUUAUGAAGGUAUUGCCUGGGCUGUACCUGACCGUGGCUGGAACACUCAGGGCACACUUAAUGUGCAAAGCCGCAUCCAGAAACUCAGUCUGAAGCUGACUCUGGCGCCCAAUGCAACUGUCUCCAAUCCAUCAGGACCUAACUUUGAGGUUAAACUACUGGAUACACUGCUUCUCACCGGCCCUGACGGCACCCCGCUGACUGGACUGGAUGCCGACUUUUCAGGGAACAUCUCCUAUCCAGGCUUCCCCGGCAUGCCAGUGGCUACCUACCCUGGUGAUGGAUUCGGGGGCAGCGGCACAGGGGGCCGUCGCAUCUCGAUGGAUUCAGAGGGCAUCGUGAUUGGCAACGACGGCUCGUUCUGGAUUUCGGAUGAGUAUGGCCCAUAUGUAUACCAGUUCUCUCGGGAAGGCCGCAUGCUACAGGCCAUCCAGCCUCCGGAGGCGUACAUCCCCCGACGGAACGGAAAGGUCAGCUUCAGUGCUGCCUCUCCUCCGAUCUACGAUCCCAACCGCACGACGGAUCCAGAGGACCCAGAGACCGGACGCAACAACAACCAGGGCUUCGAGGGCCUUACCAUCUCUCAGGACGGCAAGACCCUGUAUGUCCUGAUCCAGUCUGCCCUGAAUAACGACGGUGGCCCGAAGAAGAGGAAUAGAAAGCAAGCCCGCAUGCUGGAGUACGAUAUCUCCGGCAGCAAGCCCAAGUACACUCACGAGUACGUGGUGACGCUUGCGACCUACGUCGACCCUCACGAGCAGGACCCCGACAAGGCGACUGUUGCAGCCUCCCAGUCGGAGAUUCACUACAUGCCGACGGGAGACUUCCUGAUCCUGUCCCGCGACGGAGGUGCUGGUCGAGCCGCCGAAUACACCGAGUCGGUCUACCGCCAUGCAGACAUCAUCUCCAAGUCGAGCAUGACGACCGAUAUCAAGUCGUCGAAGAACGACAAGGCGGAUGGCUCCAUCGCCUCGUCCACCGGCAAGCUGGACGACGGCAUCAACCCGCUGACCUACUGUUCGUUUGUCGACUACAACCUCAACUCCGAGCUGGGCAAGUUCAAGCUCCACAACGGCGGCGCCCAAGAUGAGCAUCUAUUGAACGAGAAGUGGGAGAGCCUUGCUCUUGUUCCUGUCGAUCCGCAGCGGGAGUUCAGCGAUAACGGCAAGAAUGAGUACUUUUUGGUCACUUUUAGCGACAACGACUACAUCACCCAGGACGGACACCUCAACUUUGGCAAAUUCAAGUAUGCCGACAAGUCUGGCUUCAACGUCGAUACGCAGAUUCUGGUCUUCCGUGUUACGCUCUAG